GCAGAGUUGUAGAAACUCCCAGGCUGUGGGGAGUUAGCGUGGCUGCAGGCAGAUCGGAAUUUAACUGUACCCCACAGAAACAAAAUCGCCUGGAACCAUAUCAAGACGACAACAUUUUUUAAAAAAUUCUCCAAAAAUCUUCUCCAUUAGAGAGCAAUAUUAGAGGCUGUGCAAGAACAACAUUUGCUGGAGCGGACUGUGAUUGGUGCGAGAAGGACCUGCUGUGAAUUCCCAUGAUCCGGAACCCAACUCUGUUGCAGGAAGGAUAUUCAUUUUUGCAACGGGUUUUGACAGUUUUGACAUCGCGCCGAUCACCACUGCCUUGGAGGUUGUUGCGACACUCAGAAAAAGCAACCUGGUGACGGAAAAGGAAUCGCCCUCGCCACUGAAGCAGCUAUGCAGCUUGAAAUUCAAGUAGCUCUCAACUUUAUUAUUUCCUAUUUAUACAACAAACUCCCUCGACGACGUGUGAAUAUCUUUGGCGAAGAGCUUGAGAGGCAGCUGAAGAAAAAGUAUGAAGGCCACUGGUAUCUGGAUAAGCCAUAUAAAGGUUCAGGGUUCAGGUGCAUUCAUGUAGGGGAGAAGGUGGACCCUGUGGUGGAGCAGGCAGCCAAAGAGAGCGGGUUAGACAUCGAAGACGUCCGGAAUAAUCUCCCUCAGGACCUUAGUGUGUGGAUCGAUCCGUUUGAGGUUUCCUACCAGAUCGGCGAGAAGGGACCGGUCAAGGUGCUAUAUGUGGAUGAUAACAAUGAGAAUGGGUCAGAGUUGGACAAGGAAAUCAAGAACAGCUUUAAUCCCGAGGCCCAGGUCUUCAUGCCAAUCAGCGACCCUGUUGGGGCUUCCUCAGAGUCCAGCUCCCCUUCCCCUCCUUUCGGGCAGUCUGCUGCUGUGAGUCCCUCCUUCAUGCCACGCUCCACCCAGCCCUUAACCUUCACCACUGCCACCUUUGCUGCCACCAAAUUCGGCUCCACUAAGAUGAAGAGCAGUGGCCGUGGCAACAAUGCCAACAGUGGCAGUAGCAGCAAGGUGGCCCGCACCUCCCCUACUAAUAACCUGGGUCUGAAUGUCAACACCCUGCUGAAGCAGAAAGCCAUCUCCACCUCCAUGCACUCACUGUACGGGCUGAGCCUGGGGCAGCAGCAGCAGCAGCAGCAGAAGGCCUCUGCUCUGUCGCCUAACGCCAAGGAGUUUGUGUUCCCAAGCCUGCAGGGCCAGGCCAGCCCUGGAGCUGUGUUCCCCGGGGAGGGCUCCCUGGGGCUCGGCCCUCUGCAGUACAACAAUGCCUUUGAAAUGUUUGCGGCCUACGGAAGCCUCAACGACAAGUCCCUAAUGGACGGCCUCAACUUCAGUCUGAGCAACAUGCAGUAUUCUAACCAGCAAUUCCAGCCAGUGAUGGCUAACUAAACUCAUCAUCGAUACGUUAUUUAUGAAUGAUGGUGGUUCAAAGAGAAGGAAAAACAAAACGCACACUUAGAUUCUGGACUGUCAAGGAUAUAGUGUCUAGUCAGUCAAGCGCAUGUGCCCAAGGGUGUUUUUACUGUGCCCCCUUGAGUUUGUUUCUACUAAAAGCUUGUUGUACAAACACAUCCAAGCUUGGUUACUUCAACAUGCAUCAUUGUUUUUCUUUUUUCUUUUUGCCAACCAAGCACAACAUUUUUUACCAUGUUGAGAAAAUUCUCCAAAAACUUAAAAAAAAAGGAAAAAAAAGAAAAUACAAACUUCAAGCUUUGGCCUCUUGCAGUAUUUUACAGGUGAUAAGACAAGGCUGAUUUUUAUGAAUUGGCACUACUAAGUGGGGUUACUUGGUCUUUUUCUAAUUGUAUAAUUUAAUUUAGUACAGAGUUUGUAAGAUAUCAGAGUAUAUAUUGUUUCUAUGACAUGGUGUUGCAUUUAUAUCUUUUUACUACUCCAGUGAUCUGUGAUGGCUGCUGCAGCUUUUCCUUUUUUUUUUUUCUCUUCUUUUUUUUUUUUUUUUUUUUUUUUUUUUUUAAAGAUAAUUGUUAAAGGAAAAAAAUACAUUAGUCUAAAGAUUGUGUACAGAGUAUUCCUAAGUGGUGGAACUCAAGUGUAGGAAUAUUUGCUUUUUCUGAAAGAUGAAUUGUAUUUUCUGUUAAGAGGUAAAGAUUUUGCUAUACUAUGGACAAAUUGUAAUCGUAUGAAUAUUAAUUUUGUACCCACAUUGUGCAAUACUUGAUAAAAAAUACGGUAUAACAAAGUAUUUUGAGUCAGUGUCUUACAUGUCAAGAGGGACUGAAAUAGUUUAUAUAUUAAGUUUGUAUUAAAUGCUUAAAAAUUAUAUGCUUGUCUUUAUUUUUUUUAAUUUCAUAUUUGCACCCUGGUCUUUUUAAUAAAAUAAACUACAGUUGAACAUGA